UUUUUUUUUGCUAGGGUUAUUGUGGCCUAAGUCAAAAUGUUUUUUAUAUUGGUUAUAAAAGUAAGUGGAUGAGAAAACAACAAAUCUUAGAUGGCACCUGCAUUCCAGUUGCUCGUUUGACAUUCAAGAGGUUGUUAGAUUUUUCUGAUGAUGUUAAGUUCUUAGUUUACAGUGUAAUGUUAGUCCAUAAAGUUCCCAAAUGUCUUAUGACUACCUAAAAAGAAUUAGAAACUGUAUACUGAUUAUAUGUAACCCCAAAAUCCUGUUCACUUGUCACAUGCUGCAGGACUCUGAUGUUUAAGUAUUUAAUAGGACUGAUUUUAAACAGGAAGCUAGAAUAGUAAGGUCACAAUAGUGAGAAGUAGGUUACAUGUUGUCGUGCAGUUCUAAGGUUAAUUGUGCCUGGCUUAAGUAUAGGACUUCCUGCUUCAGGGUAUUUCAAGUACAGUUGCUCAAGCACUGGUUUUUGACUACACCCAAGUUCAAUUAGAAUGUAACAGAUGGCGUGGCUCUUUUUUUUUACUAGUGUAGGCUUAUUAGAAACAGCAAAAUUGACUUUCCCCACUAUUCAAAGAAGUUAAUAAGGAGAGAAAUACUCAGUGACUCUGUUUGAGGGAUAUAAGGAAAAAACUAGGCAAGAGUAAAUGGGUCCAGUAAUUGGAAUGACUCCAGAUAAGAGAGCUGAAACCCCAGGAGCUGAAAGGGUGGCAGGACUAAGCCAGGUAUACAAGAUGGGAAGCUUACCCGAGGCUGUCGAUGCUGCCCGGCCAAAGGCCACUCUCGUGGGCAGUGAGUCAGCAGAUGAUGAACUGACAAACUUGAACUGGCUUCAUGAAAGCACUAAUCUCCUUACGAACUUCAGCCUUGGCAGUGAGGACCUUCCAGUGGUUAGCCCGCUGUGCGACCUAGAAGGAGAUGACGUGCCAUCCCGUGGGCCAUCCUGCUACCAGAACCCAGAGAAAAAAUCAGCCACCUCGAAGCCCCCGUACUCCUUUAGUCUUCUCAUUUAUAUGGCCAUUGAGCACUCUCCAAAUAAAUGUUUGCCUGUAAAGGAAAUUUAUAGCUGGAUUCUGGACCGAUUCCCAUAUUUUGCUACUGCACCAACAGGGUGGAAGAAUUCUGUUCGUCAUAAUCUGUCCUUGAAUAAAUGUUUUCAGAAAGUGGAGAGAAGCCACGGCAAGGUAAAUGGAAAAGGUUCUUUGUGGUGUGUUGAUCCAGAAUAUAAACCCAAUCUCAUGCAGGCACUGAAGAAACAACCUUUUUCCUCUCCACAAAGUGGUUCUUUAUCACCUCACUACUUAAGCUCUGUUCUCAAGCAAAACCAGGUACAAACCCUCAAAGAAUCUGAUAUCGAUGCUGCCACUGCAAUGAUACUUUUAAAUACUUCCAUAGAACAAGGGAUUUUAGAAUGCGAGAAGCCUCUGCCUCUUAAAACAUCAUUGCAGAAAAAGAGGAGUUACGGCCAUGCAUUCAGUCAUCCUAGUGCUGUGCGAUUACAAGAGAGUGAUUCCUUAGCCACCAGCAUUGACCCAAAAGAAGAUCACAACUACAGCGCCAGCAGCAUGGUAGCACAGCGGUGUGCGUCCAGGUCGAGUGUGUCUUCCCUGUCCUCUGUAGAGGAGGUGUAUGCGUUCAUCCCAAAGAGUAGCCACGCAGGAAGUGAUGGCAGUGAAGGGUUUCACAGUGAAGAAGACACAGAUGGCGAUUAUGAAGAGGACCCACUUGGAAACAGUGGCUACGUGGCACAGGCUUGUGCAGAUACCUCUCAAAAGGGGCAGCCAGGCAGAAAGAUGCGGAAACAGUCAUGUCAGGAAAUUGACGAGGAGCUCAAGGAGGCCGCUGGAUCUCUGCUCCACCUUGCUGGAAUUCGUACGUGCCUAGGUUCCCUAAUAAGUACUGCAAAAAUACAAAACCAAAAGCAGCGGAAAAAAUAGAAAUAGUGGUUAGUGUGGAAUUCUUUUAAAGUGUGGCAAUACUCUUCUACUUAACCCUUUCAAGGGGUAUCAAAGCCAUAAUGGACUUCUUUAGUUUUUAGGGUGGAGGAAGGGUGCCAGUUGCUUCUUUCUUUCAAAACAUUUUUGAUAACUUUUUUUUUUACAUUUUUUAUUAAAUGAUUGCUGUUAGGAUCAUGCCCAAUCAUAAAUAUAUGAUACAAAAACCUAAAAGCAUAAGGUUUGUGCUAAGUGUCUCCAAGAUUUGGAAAUUUUUAUGCAAGAAAAUCCCCAGGCUCUUAAAGGGAAAACCUCUUCUGUUAAUGCAUCGAAAUGGAAGACUUGGUGACUGUUUACCUCUUUUCGUUUUCCUUCCCACUCUGUAAUUAACUGUAGUUACUGAUGCAGGUAAAAGUUUUCUUGAUAUCUUUCUCACUCCUCUGACACACAAUCUACAUAAGAUUAGGGGUUUUUUCCUUAUUUUUUGUUUUAAAUUUUUUUUUUUGUUGCAGCAUGAGCAAAGUCGAAUAUAAAUUGGAAAAGAUCCUAGAUGUCUAGAAAGUUCCUUUUGCUUAACAUAAGUGGAGAAUACAACAGAGUUCUAACAUUCGGAAAAAGUAGUUUUGGGGGUGUGAGUUCAUCUAAGUGCUUUAAUUACUAUUAUGACACAAAAGUAUCUUUGAAAUGUUUUUAUUUAACAGAUACUGCAUAGCCUUCAUUGGGGCCCUUUUAUUCCUCCCCCAAGUGCUUUGCAAACAUUGUUCCAGUUUUAGCCACUAGCUAUCUUUGUUGAAUAGAAAUUAUCCAAUAAGAGGAUAUAGCCAUAGACUGUGUAAUGGAGUAAUACCCAUUUUGAUACUUUUGCAAUAAGAGAACUUUUUAUUUGCUUUCUAAGUACACUGCAUUCUGGAGUCUUGGAAUGGAGUGAAUAAAACAUUUUCUGUAAUUACUACUUAUCAUAAGCUAAGGUAGGUCAUUUAGGAAAAAAUUGCUUUCCCAAUUUUAUAUGGGUUAUAAUUGCUGAAUUAACUUUUAAAAGACAUAAUGAAACUGUAAAGAUAAAAUACCUUCAGGGAUUUAAAAAUUAAAUCUUACACAGUACUGUUUUAGGAAGCAGUAUAGUGCUCAUAUGUGCCAUUAAUCCAUGAGCAAAGGUUUUAUAUUCUAAAAGUGCAUUGACUAAAGUAUUUUAAGUAUUUGAACAAAAUCUGCUUGUAAGAGACAGUUUUUUUAUAUCAUUUACAUAGUUUGACCCUAUUAUUCAGAAAAAACAAGGGAUACUAAUGCUACAAUUCAUCAUACAUCUCUGUGUUUUUACAGUGAUGGGAGCAGCUUUCCAACAGUUCAGUCUUAUCUGAUGGUGUGUCCUCUGUCACUUACAGACUAUGAACCUGUUUUGAUUUUUUUCUCAUAAUUUAUAUACACAUACACACAUACAUUGUCAGGUUCAUUUGCUUUCAGCUGUUUUCAUGACAAAACAUUUUCAUGGAAUUUUAAAAUGGCUUAUUUUAACUGGACAAAGCUGUCAAAUGAGAACAAAAGCACCUUUUUCCAUAAAUGAGACUUUAAACCAAGGUUAAUAGCAUUGAAGUUCUCUGUUCUGUUUAUGUUAACUUUAAUUGAAUCUGGAUGCCACGUUAAUAGAAUUGGUGCUGUUGAAAUUUAAUAAUUUUUAAUUUGUUGAUAAUGUAGGAUGAACUAUAAGUAAUGGUUUCCUUACAAAUGUCUUAUUUACAGAAAAUAACUAAUUCAAUCUCUUUUACCAUAGACAAUGAAUAAAAAUUGAAAAAAUUAUUUACCACACUGUGAAUAGUAAAGAGAUUACAAAUAAUCAGUUUAAUAACAAUGUUUUGAAGUUGUUUACCAUACCCUCUAGAUAGAGCAUAGCAGCACACUUCUAUGAUCUGGUCCCACUUCACCUCGUUCUGCUAGCCUUCUGUACUGCUGUACCUACAGGAUCUGUCCAUGGGAAAGUCCCUACAAAUAAAGGGAAAUGAUCUAAGAUGAGGAGAGAAGGACUUACUCUCAGCUGAAAUAAGUAUCUUCAAGGUUUUUGUCUCAGUAUACAUAAAAACCACUUUAAUAAAUUCUUUGAUUUUUCUCUCCCUUUUCAUGUACUCUUCCCACAAAUUUAAAUACUUAAGUUACAUUUAUCACAUGUGAAGAAGUUACCUCUUGUGCACUAAAAGUUAACUGGGAGAAAUUACAGUGUUUUACACUUGAUUUUUAUACAGAAUUCAAUACAUCACUUUUCAUUUACUAAUAUCGAUGGCAGUUACUGUCUGUUUUCUUUUCCUUCUUUUUUGUUUGUUUGUUUGCUUGUUCAGUUUUUUGAGACCAUCUCACUAUGUAGUUCAGGCUGGGCUUGAACUCACUGUGUAGCCCACGCUGGCCUGAAACUUGAGAUCUUUCUCCCUCAGCAUCCCAAGUGUUGGGAUGACAGGUGUGCACCGCCACACCCAGCCCCAUGGCAGUUAUUUUCGAGAGAACCAAAGUUUUAAUGACAGUGCUUUUAUGACUUGCAUUGAGAUGCUGAGCUACUUCUUCAGUUGUGUUGAGAUGCAAACAUAGCUCGGCAUCACCCACUUACAGGAAGUCGUUCUAAGUCCUGUGGACUGGAAACCUAUAUCCAAGUCUAACAAAUUUUGCAGUAAUGAAAACAACUUAGGUUAGAGAGGUUACAUAUUUUCCAGCUUACUUUAAAAUCGUAACUUAAGCUGGAAAAUAACUUGCCUUACAUCAAAAUAAUACAGAUUUUGUUCAACCAGUAUCAAUUUAUAAUAGAUUUCUAGUAAAACUUUUGUUUUGGCACAGUUAAUCUCAAUCUUUCAUAUCCCACAUAAAAUCAAUGUUUCUUGAAUAUGUAUUUUUGGAAUUUAUUUGUGCAAUAUAUUACUAAAGCAGUUAAUAUAUUUUAAAACCAGAGAGCAAAAAUAUCUGUAUUCAUGGAAAAACUACUGGUGGAUCACCUCCCUUUUUCUGCCUUUGAGCUUUGCCUGUCCUCAUAGCCAGUAUGACUGCUUUAACUUAGAGUUCCUGUGUAUCACAAAGCUUAGUAGAUAGCUAUUUUCUUUUGCUAAUUUCUGAGGCAUUAUGUAUAAGGUUCAUACUAGAUAACUAAAUAUACGUUAGCAUUACUCAAAGCUAGAAAAAGUGUUAAGGAGGCAAUGUAUGUGUUUUGGUAGACCAGGUGGCCCUUCCCAGAAGUUUAAGCAACAGAUGUAUUCACAAAGCUAUAAAACCUAUCUUAUCUGCUAUAGUAACGUAACACCCUUUUAUGGGGAGACUAUAGUAUUUAAGAAUUGUUUUGAGAUUUUUCUGGUUUACAUAUUUUAUAAUUUUUCUUAGUUUCAAAUGUGUAAUCUUUGAUUUAAGGUUUAUUCAAUGUUAAUGAUGUAGUCAAGAUAUUUAUUGAAAGGCAAAAAUAAUAGAGUAUUUUAAUGUUAAACCUGCCAUUUUUCCUUUACAUCUAACUGCCAGUGCCAUUGUCAAAACUUGUUUUUAAAAUUGUUGUACAAUUUUAUUAAAAUGCUUCAUUUUCAAGUAUUAUGUUGCCAACAUAUAGUGUAUAAAAAUGUAUAAUUGCCAAUUCACUAUAAUAUUAUUUAUUUUUAAAUGAAAGUAUAAGAAGGCUUUCCGAUUCAAGAGAUGUGUUAAACUGUUCUUUUUUAGCAUAGAAUAAAAAUUGUCCUGGGUUUGAAUUGAAACUGCCAGUAGGUGAACAGCCACAGUGAACCACUUCUCAGUUGCCAGUCUUUGCUCGUAUUAAAAACAGCUUACGGAUGUUUAGUUUUUGUAUCUAAUCUUUGAUUAUUAAAAUGUUUAUAAAGUUUAUUUUUACCAAAGAGAUGCAAUUCAUUAUGAUAAAGUAUUGCAGAAUAAACUUUGUUUUAUAACA